AUGAGCUCGGAGGGCGGCCCCGGCAGCAGUUGGUGCCGCGGGGCAGAGAGCGGGGACGCCGAGCCACCUCCGCCGCCGCCGCCGCCGCCGCCCCCGGGGGAACCGACUUCAGUGCCCUCCUCGCCCCCGCGCUACCCGCCGCCGCUGCCCGCGCCGCCCGCGACCCCCGAGCGCCCCGCGGAGCCCGACGAGCCGCCGGCGGGGGUGGCCCCGCGGCGCCGGGGCGCGGACGAGCUGCCGCCCCUGCCACCCGCGGGCCAGGAGGUGUCGGUGGCUGGCGACCACGGGGAAGGUCCGAGGAGCCUUCCAGAGGCGGCGGUCCCCGAAGCGGCGGCGGGGAAGGGCAGCCCCGGGGAGCCGAAGGCCGGAGAGGGCGAGCGGCAGGGCGCCGGUGAGCAGCCCGAGACGCGCUCGAUGUGCAGCAGCCGCAGCAGCAGCAGCGGCGGCGGCGUUGGCGGCGGCGGCGACCAGCGUGCCGAGCACCAGCACCAGCACCACCAGCCCAUCUGCAAGAUCUGCUUCCAGGGCGCCGAGCAGGGGGAGCUGUUGAACCCCUGCCGAUGUGACGGGUCAGUUCGAUAUACACAUCAGCUGUGCCUGCUAAAGUGGAUCAGUGAGAGGGGCUCCUGGACCUGUGAGCUCUGCUGUUACAGAUACCAUGUCAUAGCCAUUAAAAUGAAGCAACCCUGCCAGUGGCAAAGCAUUUCUAUAACACUGGUUGAGAAAGUUCAGAUGAUUGCUGUAAUCCUAGGAUCCCUGUUCUUAAUAGCGAGUGUGACCUGGCUCCUCUGGUCCGCCUUCAGCCCCUAUGCAGUGUGGCAGAGGAAGGACAUCCUUUUUCAAAUCUGCUAUGGAAUGUAUGGUUUUAUGGAUCUAGUGUGCAUAGGUCUCAUUGUCCACGAAGGAGCUGCAGUUUACAGAGUAUUUAAGCGCUGGCGAGCUGUUAACUUACAUUGGGAUGUACUAAAUUAUGACAAAGCCACAGACAUCGAAGAAAGUAGCCGGGGAGAGUCUUCUACAAGCAGGACUUUAUGGUUGCCAUUGACGGCUCUGAGAAACAGGAACUUGGUCCACCCCACACAGCUAACCUCCCCGAGGUUUCAAUGUGGCUACAUGUUAUUACACCUGUUCAAUCGAAUGAGACCCCAUGAAGACCUAUCAGAAGAUAACAGCUCAGGAGAAGUUGUGAUGAGAGUGACUUCAGUGUGA